AAAGACUGCCUCAAAUGAAACCUUGUCAAAUUUCUUCCGUUCUCUCUGCUUAUCUCCUGCGAGUUUUCCUCUGCUGAAUUCUACGCAGUAGAUGCUGAAGUUUCUUCCUUUUUUACGAACCCACAUCAAUCUUCAGGUUCCCGAUAGGACCCAAUUUUGCAGAUCUUGAAUUGGAAGGCAGCAAUGGUCGUAGAAGCUUGGAUAGUGAAAAUGGGUAACCAGGUAAGCGCCAAUCUGAAGCAUGCACUUCUUCUUGAACAUUCUUCGAAGAAGAAGGGCCUCAAUAAGAAGCACGAGACCAUUGGUAUCCUCUCUUUCGAGGUCGCCAAUGUUAUGUCCAAAACUGUGCACCUCCAUACGUCUCUAACCGAUUCCGAGAUCUCGAAGCUCAAGAACGAGAUCUUGAAGUCGGAGGGUGUCUGUAAUUUGGUUUCCUCUGAUGAAAAUUAUCUUAUGGAGCUUGUUUUGGCUGAGAAGCGGGAUGAACUGAACAGGGUAGCGAGCGUGGUGUCUAGGUUGGGUAAGAAGUGCUGUGAACCCGCUCUGCAGGGGUUUGAGCAUGUGUAUGGGGAUAUUGUAAAUGGCGUUAUUGAUGUGAGGGAGUUGGGGUUCUUGGUGAAAGACAUGGAAGGUAUGGUGAGAAAGAUGGAGAGGUAUGUGAAUUGUACCGCGAAUUUGUACAGUGAAAUGGAGGUCUUGAAUGAGCUAGAGCAAGCCACCAAGAAGUUUCAGCAUAAUCAGCAUGAGGAGAGCCAUAGGGCUUUCGAGCAGAAAUUGGUUUGGCAGAAGCAGGAUGUGAGGCAUCUGAAGGAAAUUUCGCUUUGGAGCCAGACUUUUGAUAAGGUUGUAGAGUUGUUGGCAAGAACGGUAUGUACAAUCUUUGCUAGAAUUCAUGUUGUCUUUGGGGACUCUGCCUUGAGGAAGGAGAAGGACGGUGCUGGGUUGAGUGGUGGAGGUUCCUGUUGUCCUACUAUGAAGGAUGAAUGCGGGCAAGCUUCUGGCCAGAAUAUUGAGGGGCGUUAUGGGCAGGAUCAAGUGGUUUCAGGACCGUUGAAUCGGGUUGUUAGCAGGUGUAGCAAUGUGUAUCGUUCAGGGCCCAUAGAUAGAACUAUGGUAGAGAAAAAGGCGCCAAACCUGAAGCCACGAAUUGAUUCUCGCAAGGCUGAAGCAGCAAUGUUUAGAGUGGGGGAUUUUAAUUUUCCUUGUGGGACUAGUUCCGGGAGGCUUUUUAUGGAUUGUCUUAGUCUAAGCAGUUCAGUUUCAAGGGUGGAUGAUGAUGAUAAUAUUGCUUGUGAUGACAGAAGUUCUCAAAUGUGGCACCGUGAUGGUUCUGGAAAUGGUGGGCUGAAGAGAGAAUGCUGGAAUCGUUCUUUUUGUCGGUCCCAACUUAGUGUUCCUUUCACCGGAGAUAAGAGACAAUCCACUAGCGGUUUGAUGAAUAAUGCUCAAUUUGGUCCCAAAAGUAGCUUAUCAGUUUAUGCUUCUCCAUCCACUGUGGGAGGCUCUGCUCUUGCCUUGCAUUAUGCAAAUGUGAUAAUUGUCAUAGAGAAGCUGCUCCGUUACCCUCAUUUAGUUGGUGAAGAAGCAAGGGAUGAUUUGUAUCACAUGUUGCCAACAAGUUUGAGAAUGUCUCUGAGGACUAAUCUCAAGUCCUACUUUAAGAAUUUGGCUAUAUAUGAUGCUCCUUUGGCUCAUGAUUGGAAAGAGAUACUUGAUGGAAUACUGAGGUGGCUCGCUCCUCUGGCACAUAACAUGAUCCGAUGGCAAAGUGAACGUAACUUUGAGCAGCAGCAGAUUUUGACUCGCACAAAUGUUCUUCUUAUCCAGACACUGUAUUUGGCUGAUAGGGAAAAAACAGAAGCAGCCAUCUGUGAGCUUCUUGUUGGAUUGAACUAUAUAUGUCGUUACGAGCAUCAGCAAAAUGCACUGUUGGAUUGUGCAAGCAGUUUUGAUUUUGAGGACUGCUUGGAGUGGCAGUUGCAAUGUCAAGCUUCUUACCUUAAUUGAUUUCAUUGUUGAAUUUGUAUACCUGUAGAGGCUUCUAGCCUGGUAUAGCAUUUUUCUUCACUCAUACUCAUCCGAAGACAUGGAUGACAGUUUGACAGGGUAGUGAAUAUCUGAGCUGUCCAUGAGAGUGCAUUUUGUAAUGGAAACUCAGGGUUGAUUGAUGUACUUAGUUUCAAGUUCCAAAGUAGUGUUUCUAAAAAGGAGCAUGGUCCUUAAAGCAAGGAAAGUGAAGGAUUCAUUCCUCUUGAGCCUUUCAUUACAGUGUGUACUGUCUUGAGCAGAGAAAGUGCUUCAGAACACACAUUAUGGCUGCUCAAGAAAGCAUUUUUUUCUGCAGCAAUCAACCAAAUCCUUAGGUCAACUGGGCCUUUUAGUGUGCAGCAGGGAAAUGGUGAAACUGAGCAAUUUCCUUUUUGGCAUCUCUGGAUGGGGAAGCAAGAAAUCAGGACAGGAGUGUUUAUAUGAGGAAGGAUGAUGAAUGAUGAUGGUAGGAGGCUCUGCAACAAGAUUAUUAAAUGCUCAGCACCAUC